UUAUUUAUUUUUUUUCAGUUGGCCACACGUUCAAUAGAACCUUCGUUUGGUCUGUUGUUCGGUGAUUUAUUACGUGAUCUCAAUGUGGGUACCACUGGUGCGGCUGUGAUUAUUAGUACCUUAGAUGUAUGUAUGAAUUUUUCGGGCCUUUUUGUGGGGCCCUUACUAAAGGAGUUCUCCUAUCGCAAAGUAGCCAUUGCCGGUUCACUGCUCUGCGCUUUGGGUUUGGCGUGUACAAGCCCGGCGGCGAGUAUGGCCCAUAUAAUAGGAACAUAUGGUGUUUUAAAUGGCAUUGGCGUGGGUUUAGCAACUUCUGCGGCGUUUGUGGCAUUAAAUCAUUAUUUCAAAUAUAAACGUGGUCAGGCUGUGGGAUUAUCGAUGGCCGGUACCGCGUUGGGUAUGUUGAUUAUGCCCCAGCUGGUAAGAGUUCUAUUGGAAGCUUUUGGUUUUCGUGGAGCUGUUUUAUUAUUAGCUGGCGUGGCCUUAAAUGCCACCGUCGGUUCAGUAUUACUACAACCGGCCAAGUGGCAUAUGAAAGAUGAAAAAAUCGAUGAAGAAAUGAUAGUCAUCGCAGCUACAGCCCCACCAGAAUUUAAGGUUAUCCAAGAGGACGGCACCGAAGAAGAUGCUCUACCCGAAAUGAAUACUUUGCUCUUCCACAAACACAAUCAUCAGCAGCAGCAAAUGCGAAAGAAUUUCUCCGAAAUGAAUAUGAACACUAUGGUGGGCUCCAGAUUGGGUCUGCCCAAGAGACCAACAUUUCCCCGCAUUAUGUCUUUGGCUGGUGUACAAACGGCUGCUAAUGGUUAUCCCUCAAAUAGUGAUGUUAAUAUGACUUUAAGAAAUCGCAAACAAUCGGUUACUUCCAAUUUGUCUUAUAUGGAUUUUACUGGUUCCAUUUUACAAGUACACAUGAAUGUCGGCGAUGAUGAGUUCGAAGAAAAUGAUCGUGAACUGAAGAGAGUUAGCACAGCGACGGGUGCGUUUGGUAAUGCCCACCGUGAUUCUUUUAUUAAAAUGAAACCCACCGAAUUGGAAAAAGCUACCGAAAUUGCUGCUGCUGAAAAACAGGCUGAAAAGAAACCUGGUUUUUGGACAAGAUUUGCUGAUAUUAUGGAUGUGGAUUUGCUAAAAGAUAAAAUGUUCCUAAAUAUACUUUUCGGCUUAUCGAUAUUUUAUGUAGCCGAAAUGAAUUUUAAAAUGGUGACACCUUUCUUUUUUGCCAAUUUGGGUUAUAAUAAAGCCGAUGUAGCCUAUUGUUUGUCCAUUACCGCUAUUACUGAUAUUGCUGCUCGUAUUGUUUUACCGCCUAUAUUCGAUCGUACGAAUAUUAAAAAACGUACCGUUUUCUUGGUAUCCAUUAUAUUUGUAGCCAUUACCAGAUCAAUUAUGGCCGAACAAACAGAAUGGAGUCAACUAAUGAUUUGGCUGUCAAUUUGUGGUUUCUUCAGAGGUUCAGCACUCAGUAAUUUCACGCUAACAGUUUCUGAGUACUGUUCUCUGGAGAAACUACCUUCAGCCUUUGGUUGGCAUUUAGUAGGUAAAGCUGUAUUUGUUAUAUGUUUUGGUCCCCUCAUCGGACUCAUACGUGAUAUUACCAAUAGUUAUCCCAUUUGUAUUCAUGCUCAAAGUGUUUGUAUUCUCUUGUGUGGUGUGGCCUGGACCAUUGAAUAUUUCAUUGAAUACAUGCAACUGCGAAAGUCGAAAAAAGCAGCAGCAGCUGAAGCUGCAACAGAUAAUAAUGCUCCCGAUAUAAGUUAUAAACAAUAGUUGCUUUCGUUAUCAAAUGAAAACCUUAUAUUUUUUUUGAUAAAUAAUAAAGUAUAUUAGACCAAUUUCUAAUUUUUAUACAAAUAUUUAUAACUAUAUACAUAUGUACAUUUAAAUACAAUAAUACAUUUACAAUACAUACAUGUAAU